CAGAAUUGAAAGCACUCAACCAGCUUUCCAUAUAAGCAAGCACACUCUUUUGAAUAAAUAUCUCUACACUCAUUUUCAACAAAUCAUCUUACUCAACACCACCAAAAUUUCAACAAGAGAUAAACACAAAUCACCAUGUUUCAUAAAGUUUCAUCUUAUCGUUUCGGACGCCUGAACUACACUUUGCAUGAAAUUAAUUUCAACGACUUCACCAUCAAAAUAGGUUUGGAUCAUGGUGAACAAGUUUUUCUUACGGUUACUUUCACCUCUACAUUCAAGCAAUGGGACCCAGGAAGAGAAAAAAAAACUAGCUUUACCUGAAAGCUCUAUGAAACUACUGUGAUUUUCUUGAUUAAUAAGGGUUUCCGCAACUUGAGCAGCAGUUUGUCGAUGGAGCAAGGAAAAGUUUCGCGGUGCAAUGACGUACUCCGGCCCAUUUAACAUCCCCGAACGGACGAAAGACCAACUCGGAUUGGAGAACAGUUGGGAAAGGCUUAAGAGGGAGGCUGAGAUUCGGCGAGUCUUGGAGCUGAUAAGUGUUGCAGGUCAAUGGAGGAGAGCUUGGGAGAGGGCUAACCGCAGGAAGUGGAAGGGAUGCCUCUGGAAACGCGAAACUCAUUUAAGGGUUGUAAUGGGAGCUCUUGAGAAACAACUUACUUCAAUACAAUGGAAGGCAGGAUGGCAAUCCGCCCAUUCCGGUGUGUGCGUUAAGGGUUCUGGAAAAGCUGAAGGCAUGGCUGUAGAUGAGGUUGUGAUCGGUUCUGGGGAUAGGAAAAGGAAGUCCAGAAGAGAGGCAGAACGUAAUGUCAUUGUAUUAUCUUCUGAUUCUGAAAGGGAAGAAAAACAUGGUAAAGAAUUUGAUAAGUGUAAGAAGAGGCAAAUGACUAAGAAAGGACCAAGUACAACUGUUGAAGAAAGGGAAGAGAGGGACGACACAGGAUGCAAUAAGCUGGAUGAGAGUAGAAAGAAGCAAUAUGGAACAAGUGGCAUUGUGAAAGAAAGGAGCUCGGACUGGAAAGGAAAAGAAGUAAUGGUAGAGGAUGAAGAUGACCACAUUUCUAUUUCAUCUGAUAAGGAAAGGCAUGAUGAUGAGUUCGUUGUAAUCGAAAAAUGAAAAAAGCUGGAUCAAGGAGGUCACGAAGCCCGCAACAAUGGGCACGCAAGUUCUUCAAAUUCCUGCUGAGGUAAUCACUGGGUGUGAAAUGGAAGGCAAGACUAGCAUCAUGCUCUAUGACACGGACAAACAAAAGGGCUAUAAAUGUGUCCUCAAGAAGAGAGAUGGGAAGACUGAAAUGUUUCUCUGCAGGGGGUGGUAUGAGUUUGCCAAAAGCUGAAACUUCAAGAAAGGUGAUAUUCUGCAUUUCACCAUUAGGUACCCUCCUGUGGAAGAAAUUCUUGUGUCUGUUUGCCGUGGGAAUUAUUGAAGAACGUGAUGUCGAUAAGUUGUGUUUUGUUGUGGAAAUCUGUGUAUUAAGUUGGGUGAUUAAGUAAGUUUGAAUUAAUGUUGUUGUAAAAUAUUUCUGGACAACCAAACAUGAAAUGUGUACUUUGGUAUUUGGUAAUUAAGUAACUUAUAUGUGUAUUGUGUGGGUUAUAUUUGGUUGCCUGUGUUUUAUGUUUAUAUAUAUAUGACAUGUGACUGGAUUUCUAAUUUGGAAGGAAUAUAAAUGUUGUUAUUAAGAGGUUGGUUUAAUUUUGGUAAAAGUUCCCAUGACAGAAUAUUUUAUUGGCAUAUAGAUGGUGCGCUGUUGUCAUUAAUCAGCACAAUGUGCCUUUAUUAAUUUGCAGGUUGUUUAUAUAAAGUAACAAUGUGUCUGUUUGUGUAAGCGCAAUUUAUAUAGGUGGUGCGCCAUUGUUAUUAAGCAGCACAAUGUGGGUGUUUGUGUAAGCCAACUUAAGAAUUUUGAACAUGCCAAAAAAAAAAACUAAAUAUUGUAACAUGGAGGAUAAGACAAAUAUGAUUAAUCAAUGGAUUUUAUAUACAUGACAUUUUUUAUUUGGAGACCUGAUAUCAAAUCUAAACCUAAUAGUGUCACCAACUUUGAACAUAUUGGUUUGACAGAAUUCUUCCCAGUCGGGUCCUAACUUUGUCGGGUAUGUAGUGUUUAUGUAUGCCAAAUCCAGUACUGUCCUUGUACCAUUAUCGCAGCACAAGUUGAGACAGUUGUAAUUGUAAUCUUUUAAAAGUCCAGCAAAGUCCUCUUCCAAUCUCUGUAGCAAUAAAAAAAAUCAAAGCAUAAGUAGUAACAAAAGUUUAAAGAAACUACAAAAUAACAAUUUUUCUUACCAACUUGGUUUGACAAAAUUCAACAUUUGUUAGACCGAGGUCGAAAACCAUAAUGUUGUCUGCGCCCCAAAACCUGCUAUGGUAAAAGGGCAAUUGCUCGAUAUGCACUAUAUUUUUUAUGUUGAGGAUGCUAAAAUUGUCAUCCUUAUAGUAAUCCACCUCAAGAACAACAUUAGAGGGGCAAUUAUAAAAUUCUUCAACGUCCUUCCAUCCACUAAUUAUAAGUGGAUGAACUUCAUCUUUGUUAUAGAUGAGGACGUGAUGCACACCUUGGUUGUUUAGGAUGGUCCAUGUUUUUGUUAUGUUGUUGCUAAAACGACAUAUAAAUGUGGGAUCAGUUUCUGGAAAUUUCUGCCAAAUCAUAUAGAAGUUAUUAAAAUAGGUGUGUUAGGAAGUUAUAAAAGAAUGAAAAGAAAAAAAACAAUAAACAAAACUUGUAACCUGUUCAGAUAACUUUGCUAUUGUGAAGGAGUAUUCCAAUUCACUGUGACAAAGUUUUCCUAUCAAAGCCAUAUGGAAUUGGUGGUAGUUGUAGUUGGGGUACAAAACUCAACUUAAAUAUUUGUGAUUUAUCUUCCUAACUUGAGGAAUCAUAUUUAAAGGCAAAUGCAUAGGAUAUCAUAGUUGAACAGUCCCCCCCAAAUAUUGUUAAAUAUUGUGCAUAGGAUUCCAUUUUGAAUAGGAGGGAUACAUAUUGCAUGGGACCCUAAUAACGAAAAAUAUAGUACAACUCAUUGCAUGGGAAAACAGGUUGGACAUGGCAUGCGGUGAUGGUAAGAGAAAAGAAUAUAUUCCAUUAGCAUGUGAUAUGGUGUGGGCCUAUUUUGCAUAGAAGUUGUUGUAAAUAUAAUAAAAAACUUGCUGGCAGAAUAUAUUCCAACAGGAUGUGCCCAUGUGCUGCCAAAGUCUGAGUCCCACGUGAAAGUAAUAUUGGAAAGAAACAAAGGAUGCAUUAUUGAAACCUUAUGAUAAAGAAAAAAAAGGAAAGUACACCCAAGCGGAAGAUUCCAGUAGAUGAAGUUUCAAGCCUUGCUCUGGCGAGAAGCAUUGAAUUUGAAAGUGUAGUCUCAGGUAAAACAGUUAGAUUGUUUUGAUUAUAAUGGCUUGGUUAGUGAUGAUAAUUGGAAAUUGAUUGUAGUUAUAGAGUUAAAAAUAAUACUUUAUGUUGCGGUUUAAAGUUUUGGUAGGUGUUUGUAGGUUUAUAUUUUUCUAUGUAAUUGACAUAUUUACUGAAAGUGGUGUGCAAAAGAAACAUAGAUUCAAAAUACAAAUUAAAGUUGGCAAUCAAGUUGCUACAUGUAGAGUAUAACAGUUAAGAUUUUUUGAACAAAA